UGGCUACCUUAUCACGUGCGCGAGUGCAAUCAUCCAGUUUGAAUCCAACGAAGUCCGCUGAGCCUCUGUUCAAAUUCGAAGCACUUAUUACCAAUAUCAUCCCUAGCCCUCGUGUCUUAUCCUAUGCAGCAUGCCUGUAACAGCCAUCGGCGACGCAUCACCCAAAUCACACAAAAAGUCCAGGUCCGCCGACUCCAAUGCCAAGGAUGUCGGUCAAGAACACGUAAAGUCAAAGAAGAGAAAGCAUAAAGAAGCUACCAGUGACGCGUUGUCCACGACCACCCUAAAAGGUCAAGCGGCUUCCACGACACGAGAUUCUCAGAGCGCGAGUCAUCCCUUAUCUCCUUCAAGUGCACCCUCUACAGGAAAUGUCGCAUCCAAAAAUGUUCAGCUAGCAAACUUAACUACAGGUGAUGCGGAGCGGAAAAAGAAGAAUAAGAAUUACUUGGGGAACGUGGCGCACGAGCAGUUGAAAGACAGAAGUGACGAACGUAGGAAGGAGAAGACGAAAAAGAAACUGAAGCACUCAGACGAAGGCCAAGAUGAGGGAGUUGCACUUGAUGGACAGGUCACACAUUCGAACGACACCAAGGUCCGAACACCAGAAGAGGCUACCUCAGAAAAGUCACGACAGAAGAAGAGAAAGGCGCAGGAACAGUCGGGAGAAACACCUGAUAGCAAACCGCUCAAAAAAAAGAAAGGCCACCGUCCACCAGAUUUGCCCUCCAUAGACCCUAGUGCAGACGAGUCUCUGUCUGAUCAAAGUCGGAAAGCGUUGUCGUAUGCAUAUGCACGAUUUGAGGAUCCACCGAACUGGAAGUUUAAUAAAGCCAGGCAGAUAUGGCUGAUUAAAAGGUUGUGGUCGGAAGAAAUGAUACCCGAGGAGUAUUUUACCUUGGUGACCAAAUAUCUCGCAGAUGUAAAGGGGGGAAUUCGAGACAACCUCAUACAGAUGUGCAAGUCUGUAGAGGCCUUGGAGACACCAGAUCCUGUGACUUCAGAAUCAGCCGUACUGCCAAGUGAUCUUUCGAAUGGACGGUCCACUAUCACGACCAAAGUGAUGAGAGCUCGUAGCUUACUGAGUGCUCUGUCGGGUAUACCGUGAGGUCAGCUCACUCUGACGUUGCGCGUUGCAGCGAUUUGAAGCAUCAGUACAAGGAUCGCAGGCUUCAUGUUACCUUGAGUAGACAG